CCUUGCUGCAAUUGUAGGAAAGAACAAACAAAUGUUUCUUGGGAAGAAGAUAAGCAUUGUAAGAUCAAAUCCGAAGCAAAAGAGAAAGGAUUCUGCCAGUCAUAGGGCCUCUGGAGAACAUGCGCAAAGUAGUAAUCAGACUUUCGAGGAGUCUAGAGCGCCACACUCUGCUGCUAAUAAACGUAGUGUUAACAUUCAGCUGAAGGGGAGGAACACAUUUGCAAUGCCAAGGAACGUCAGACCACUUGAUGUCCCCUCGACAAAUUCAAAAGCCAGGGAAGUGGAAGAUGGGAAGCCGAAUUCAAAUUAUGAGUUCAGAGAAAUGAUCCUUAAGAAGUGAGGUUUGUUCCUGA